AUGUCUCGCGUUACUGCCGAAGAAACGAAUAUUUUCUUGAUCAAGUGCAUUAAACACUCCAAUAAUGGAAAGGUCGACUUCGCCUCAGUUGCCGAAGAAUGCGGUAUUGUCAGCAAGGGAGCUGCUGCAAAACGCUAUGAGCGUAUCCUGAAGGGGAAUGGAAUCCAUCCUUCAUCCAGCGAAGGCGGUGAUGAAGACGGUGCACCUGGAUCCGCAAAUGUUACUCCCAAGAAGAAUGGAACAUCGUCCAAACCCAAGACGCCUCGAAAGAGCCCAACUAAACCCAAGACCAACGGAGCGCCUAAGACUCCCACCAAGCGCAAGACCAACAAGGGAGGCGCCAACAAUGAAAGUCCCACUAAGAAGUUCAAGUCUGAGGAAAAGGUCUCGGACUCCGAUGCGUCCGUCAAAGCUGAAAAUGAUGAGGGAGAAGACGGACUUCCUCUGCGUACUAAGAACGAUCCUUUCUUGCCAGCUCCUGCUGUCGACAAGGAGAACGAGGAUGCUAUGUUCAAGGAGUUCUGUGACACCGGAGCACCAGUCAAGAACGAGAAGGAAAUGAUUGAAAACCAGGUUGUGUAA